AUGGGAGACCCAAACAUCCUGCAGACUCUAGAGCUUUUGACACAGGCUUUAUCCCGGGCCGGGCAGUCCCGAGACCCGUCCUUGGGGUAUGCGGACCAAGCAAAAAGAAUUGGGGCCACAGAAUUUGACGGAGACGGUGAUCCAGCUGUGGCUGAGGAAUGGAUUGAAAAGAUGGAACGAAUUAUGGAGGUAAUGGCCGUUCCCCAAGACCGUAGAGUGACAUUGGCCACCUUCUUUCUGACUCGGAAUGCGAGAUUUUGGUGGGAAUCGGUUAGAAGAAGGUAUAGAGACCCAACAACUAUCACGUGGCCAGUUUUCAGAGCGUUCUUUGAUAGUCAGUAUUAUCCUCAGGCUUACCAUAACAUGAAGAUGGAGGAAUUUUUGCAGCUAGAGCAGGGAUCUAUGACGGUACUGGAGUAUGAGAAGAAGUUCAAUGAGUUAUCGAAGUACUGCUUACCGUUAGUAGAAGAUGAAAGUAAAAAGUGUCAACUGUUUACCAGGGGAUUGAAGGCCUCUAUUAGAAACAUUGUGAUUAGUCAGCGAUUGACUAAUUUUGGAGAUCUGGUGAUGUCAGCUUCACUAAUUGAGAGCAGCCAGUUGAUGGUUAGAGCCCGAGGUGAACCUCGGAGGAGACAGUACGAGACAGGUGGUCCCAGUCAAGGGUCAUCCAAGAGAGGCAGUUAUAGCUCUGGAUCAUCUAGCGGUCGCAGUUUCGGAAGUUUUCGACCAGGAGUCAGUUCCAGUGGAGGCUCAAACCAGACUGGUAGUUCUGGAGACCGACCUACGAGCAUUUCAGCUAGGGAUUCUGGUGGGCAUCCACCAUCUUCGGCUGGCAGGAUGAGAAGCCCCCAGUGUGUAGUGUGCGGUAGAUUUCACACUGGGACCUGCAGACAGGGUACCACAGGGUGUUUCCACUGUGGUCAACAGGGGCAUUUCUUGAUAGAAUGCCCAAUAUUGUUAUCAUGUGGUGAAGCGACUGUUGCAUCACCUCGAGAAACAGGCACACAGAGUAGAACACAGUUUGGUGGAGCCUCGUCCAGUGGCGGAGCCCAAACCAGUGUUGCAAGUAGAGGUGGCAGUCAGCAGCAGGGACGGGGUAGACGUGCCAGAGCUACCGGCAGGGUGUACCAUAUGUCUCAGCAGCAAGCGCAAGAAUCUUCAGAUGUGGUUACAGGUACUUUAUUAGUUUUUGGGACCUCUGCUAAACUUUUAAUUGACCCUGGGGCUACGCAUUCAUUCAUUACUCCUAGUUUUGCCCACACCGCUGAUGUCAAUUAUCAGCCUUACGGAGUGAGCUAG